AUGGCGACAGGGCAACAGUGGGUGUUAGUGGAGAUGGUGCAAGCGUUUUACGAGGCACCAGCGUAUCAUUUGAUUUUAGAAGGAAUCCUUAUAUUAUGGAUAAUCAGACUGCUGUUCUCAAAGACCUACAAGCUGCAAGAGAGGUCUGAUCUCACAGAGAAGGAAAAAGAAGAGUUAAUUGAAGAAUGGCAGCCAGAGCCUCUGGUUCCUCCUCUCUCCAAAGAUCAACCACCUUUAAAUUAUGAUGUCGUGUCUGGCCCUCCAAGCCACAAAAUGAUUGUAAAUGGAAAGGAGUGCAUUAACUUUGCCUCGUUUAACUUCUUGGGCCUGCUCGACAAAGAGCGUGUAAAGAAAAAGGCCCUGGCAUCUCUUAGGAAGUACGGUGUGGGUACUUGUGGCCCAAGAGGCUUUUAUGGAACUUUUGAUGUUCACCUGGAGUUAGAGGAGCGUUUGGCUAAAUUUAUGGGAACUGAGGAGGCCAUUAUUUACUCUUAUGGCUUUGCCACCAUAGCCAGUGCCAUUCCGGCUUACUCUAAGAGAGGUGACAUUGUCUUUGUAGAUGAGGCAGCGUGUUUCUCCAUCCAGAAGGGCCUGCAGGCCUCCCGCAGCUAUAUUAAGUACUUCAAGCACAAUGACAUGGAGGACCUGGAGAGGCUGCUGAAGGAGCAGGAGCAGGAAGAUCAAAAGAAUCCACGCAAGGCUAGGGUCACUAGAAAAUUCAUUGUUGUGGAGGGACUCUACAUCAACACUUCAGAUCUGUGUCCUCUUCCAGAGUUGGUGAAGCUGAAGUACAAGUACAAAGUGCGAAUCUUUUUGGAGGAGAGCAUGUCUUUUGGUGUGCUGGGAGAGCACGGGCGAGGAGUCACUGAACACUUUGGAGUCAACAUUGAUGACAUCGACCUUAUAAGUGCCAACAUGGAGAAUGCAGUGGCUUCCAUAGGCGGGUUCUGCUGUGGACGAUCAUUCGUCAUCGAUCACCAGCGUCUGUCUGGUCAAGGCUACUGUUUCUCAGCUUCUCUUCCACCCAUGCUUGCUGCCGCUGCUAUUGAGGCCCUUCACAUCAUGGAGGAGGACCCAGACAUUUUUAUCAUCCUGAGAGAAAAGUGCAAACAUGCCCAUAAAGCUCUGCAAGGCAUUCCAGGUUUAAAGGUAGUUGGGAAGGUGAUCGCUCCAGCACUUCAUCUGCAGCUGGAAAACAGCACAGGAUCCAGAGAGAGUGAUGUCAGGAAACUACGCUCCAUCAUUGAUUAUUGUUUGGUCAGACAGAUAGCUUUGACUCAGGCUCGCUACCUAGAAAAAGAGGAACGCUUCCUUCCACCACCAAGCAUCAGACUGGUGGUGACUGUUGAGCACACCGAGGAGGAAAUUAAGAAAGCAGCGUCCUGUAUUCGAGAAGCAGCUUUUGCUGUGCUGAACUGAUGACUUGAGCCUUGGCAACAUUUGGAUAUCAAAAACUAGUCUUUCAACUGCAGAGCUUCUCCCAUCCUGUCUCCCAUUCAAGGUGCUUUAGGCAUGACUGCUGGAAUUGCGGACCUCACUUUGAGACAUUCAGCGUGUCCUGUGUCAUCAGAACUGAAUUAAUGAUUGUUGUCUCUGUGUGUUUUACUAACUUUUAUUUUUUAAAUGCAGUUUGAGACUCAGUUUCACAUUGAAAUGAAUGUCAAAGGUUAAACAUGCAGUCGGUUCCCGUCACCAAACCAGUUUGUUACAAUUAAUACCUUGAAUAAAGGUCCAUCAAAAACAAUAAAACAUUAUGUUGAUUGAAAGACCAAGAACAUACACACAUUUUAUAUACAUAUUUCUUUUUAUACAAUCUCCCUUCACAACAAGAAAGUAAUUUUUAAAAACGGUGUUUUUUAUUUGCAGAAAUAUUUUUAUUUUGAGGAAAUUUUCUAGUGUUGUUUUCAGCUUUUCUAAGAACAUUUUUUAUUACCUGGAAAAUCCAUUAAGUUAUUUUUUACAUGAUUUUUUUUAUGUUGCAUGAAACUGUCAGAUUCUCAUGACGGCAUGACUGCACUUAUGUGUCACUGUUUCCUUUGUAUUUACUUAAUUAAAUGUCAUGACUGUUUUAGUUUUUAUUAUAGGUUUUAUUAAUAAUAAACAUGUUGAUUCUUUUUAGAUGCACAAUUAUUUUAAAACUGCAGUACAUAACUUUCUCUGUUAUUUACUCAAAAAAACAAAGCUGCUAACACAGAUUGAGAUCCUUCUUGCUUGCAAUAACUGUGUGCUGGAAUGGUGAAGUUUUUUUUCUUUCUGCUGCUCCAGUAUGUAUGGGUUGCCAUUGCAGAUCUCAUCCACAUAUUCGUUUUUUAUGCUGGAUGCUUUUUCUGAAGCAACCCUCCUAUUUCUGUCUGGGCUUAGGACUGGCAUAGUGCGCUUUCCCCCUCAGACAUUAUCUAAUCAUGUCCACGCAGACACCUGACUGGCUGAAGUACAGCUGAGAUUAAAACAGUGGAUCCCCAGAGUGAAGUAAAAUUCUCAAAAGUUAUGUAUUGCAGCUUAAGGAUGCAACCCUUUUGUUUCCUGUACAGAUCAAAUCGAAUCAGUUUUAAUUUAAUAGUAACAUACAAAAUUCUACAUGAUGUUGCUGCUAACUGUGGGGUGCCUCUUUUAACCAAAUAAAAUGUAAAAGGG